CCUAGGGGUCUGAGUGGUACGCGCACAGAAUGCCAAGUGCAGUCUGCGUCGAGGAACAACGAGAGUUCCUACUACUUUUUGGCUGUCGCUGCAUUGUUUAAGUGUCCCCCGUUCUUUCCCGAUUGCAAUUUCACCCUCCACGUUUGAUUGUAGAUCGUCCGACCCCAUUGUGCUAUAACUGCGAUGGCGUUUUUAAUUUACGAGCGCCCCCUCCAGAUUUUAUGGGGUCGAUUAAGGCUUUAUCGUCACCACUUCGCGUUGUCACCUUCUGAAGAAUAUUGGAUCCAGUUUUUAGAGAAUGGUGUUUUCUGUCUUGAAAACACACAGGUAAAAUUGUGAAUCAGUUGAUUGGCUAUAUUUUUGCUCUUAAUUAAGCACAAUUAGCCAGUAGGCUACUGACGCCACUAAUUGGACACCAUCAUUACGCACUGACUAAUUAUUAAAUUAAGCUGUUUUAGCCACCGUGCCAUAUGGAAUAUAUAUUUAUAUUAAAUUAAACUAUAUUCAUAUUAAAUGUAUUAAAAAAUCAGUAGUCUGAUUCGUAGCCCUAUAAUAUUAAUUUAAUGUAGGAUGUUUUAUAGGCCUGCAUGGCAUGUUCCCAAAUGCUGGCAACCUGCACUAAAUGGCGUUCAUUCAAAUUCUUCUAGAGGAUUCAACUCUGUAGGGUGAAUGACUCCUUGUCCUACGUACAUGUCCUUACAUUACACCACAUUGCUCUCCAUCUAUCAGCACUGCGCCGAGCGUGGGCGUCACGUCAUCAUGAGUUUCGCGUUUUGCCGUGCGGCUCGCUUGCCGUAGUUCAUGUCCACCUACACAUCCAUGUGGAGCUAAACGCUACAGUUACUUACCGUAAUAACACAGGUGGGACAUUGUAGGGAUUAAACAAAACCGCACGAAAAUUCCGAGUGUCAUUUGCACGUUAUACGUGUGUGUGUAAAGAUAACUGGAACAACAUCUUUGAUUAGCGGGUUCCUCCUGCGCAGGACAAGAGCUGGGGUUGCGUUGCAUGCUGCCAAAAGUCGCCCGGCUGCUGUGCGUAACCGCGGCGAGGGUUUCCCUUCAAGACUUAGGGAAAGUCUCCUUCAGGGGGCUGAGGACUAUGGAAGUUUUAAAAUCAUCUCAGGACAUCUCCAUCUCAGAUGAGACAGGGGCACCGGUGGAUAGAGUGACGACCACCUCUCCAGCCAAUGGCAAUCAAUCUGGCGCCACAGAGCCCGGUCUGUUGCCAGGGGAAACAGUGGUGAGGGAGGGCAAGGCAGCUAUUUUGUUUCCAAGUGCCAAUGAAGUUUUCUACAACCCCGUCCAGGAGUUUAACCGAGACUUGACGUGUGCGGUGAUCACUGAGUACGCCCGGGAGCGGCUGGCCGAGAAGGGAGUGCGGAUUGUAGUGCCGGGCGAGAAGGAACGCGUGGUGGUGUGCUUGUCCGAAGACAAACAGUCCUCCGAGAACCAUGAGUCGACAGAGCACGAGCAGCAGCAGCAGCAGCAGCUGGAGGACGAGACUGAGAACGAGAAGGGCGGCGACAAGCCAGGCGAGGAGGGCGUCAUCACGGCCUCUGUUGGACAACGCUGUGAGCAAGGCUUGCACGUGCUGGAGGGCUUGGCGGCGUCAGGCCUGCGGUCGGUGCGCUUCGCGCUGGAGGUUCCGGGCCUGCGGAGCGUCACGGCCAACGACUUCUCCGCCAAGGCGGCGGCGCUCAUCGCCCGCAACGCCGAGCACAACGGCGUGGCGCACCUGGUGCAGGCCAGCCAGAGGGACGCCAGCAUGGUGAUGUACGAAGCCAGGGGGAAGAACCAGCGCUUUGACGUCAUUGACCUGGACCCGUACGGGAGUCCCUCCCCGUUCCUGGAUGCUGCAGUGCAGGCGGUCGGUGAGGGAGGCCUGCUCUGCAUCACCUGCACAGACAUGGCCGUCAUGGCCGGCAACAGUGGAGAGACCUGUUACAGCAAAUACUCCUCAGUGUCCAUCAAGUCCAGGUUCUGUCACGAGAUGGCAUUGCGUAUCAUCCUGCACAGCCUGGACCAGCGGGCGAACGUGUACCAGCGCUACAUCGAGCCCCUCCUCAGCGUCAGCGUGGACUUCUACAUCCGCGUGUUCGUCAGGGUGCGCACGGGCCAAGCCAAGGUCAAGAACUCCGCCAGUAAGCAGGCCCUGGUGUAUAACUGUGUGGGAUGUGGCUCCUUCCACCUGCAGAGGAUGGGCAAGAGGAUGAGCCACGGCAAAAAUAUGAAGUACUCUGCAGCUACAGGCCCGCCUGUGGGACCCAACUGUGAACACUGUGGUCAGAGACAUCAGCUCGGAGGGCCCAUCUGGGCAGAACCGCUCCAUGAUGUAGAAUUUGUCCAGAAGGUUCUGUCAGCCGUGUCAGGAAACCCGUCCCGCUUCGGCACGUCCAAACGCAUCGAGGGCAUGCUCAGCAUGAUGACAGAGGAGCUCCCGGAUGUCCCCCUGUAUUACACGAUGGACCACCUCAGCAGCACGGUGCACUGCAACACUCCGGCCCUGCUGCAGUUCAGGUCGGCCCUCCUCCACGCCGGCCACCGGGUGUCCCUGUCUCACGCCUGCAAGAACGCGCUGAAGACGGACGCUCCGCCCGCCGUCCUCUGGGACAUCAUGCGCUGCUGGGAGAAGGCCAACCCAGUGAAACGGGAGAGGCUGUCCGAGACGAGCCCGGCAUUCCGCAUCCUGUCCACUGAGCCCACGCUGCAGGCGUGCUUUGAGGUGCGGGACGACGCCAAUCCGCAGUCUCGCCGGCGCCACCUGGUGCGCUUUCAGGAGAACCCACAAGCCAACUGGGGCCCCAAAGCACGCGCCAAAGCUGGUGGUGGGAUCUGCACGGAGCUGGAGGACAAGAGGAAGCAGUUCCAGGGCAAGAGGAAGAGCCAGAUCACAGACUUGUCCCAGCUCAAGAACGUCCCCUGCAAGAGGUUCAGGAAGGGCACAUGCACACAUGGAGAGAAAUGCUGUUAUUCUCACGAGCUGGAGUCGGCACCCGGUGAAGCUGAGAAGAUGGAGUGACAUAGUGGACUCUACACACACACACACACACACACACUUCAAACAUACACAUACACACACACACAAACACAACACACUCAUUUCACUCACACAUGCUCCUCCAAGACAGCAUGGCCUGUUUAUUGACUGCGUUUCCCAGAAUCCCUCACUCCGCGGGCAUCAGAUCAAACAAAAGCUGAGGCGUUGGCCCGCACUCGUCGUUAAUCAUUCAGCUUGCGUGUGUAUGCAGACCACCGACAGCACAGCACAGCGUCUCCACGGGACGUCGGUACGAGAGCGUAAGCGGCCAGGAAGAGGAACAGUCCAUCUCGGAUGCGUGUUGUGAAAUACAGACGGAGGAGUCUUCAUUUUGGAAUGAGGAAUGUGUCGUCGUUUGUACAGAAAGGGGAUCAUGAAGUUUGACUUUAGUUUCCUGUUUUCAUUUUAUUUUCUCUUGUUUUUAAUUCCUUUUAAAAUCUGCAAAUAAAAAUCCCCCGUACUCUUA